AAACGGCGUGCCGUACGUUGUUACGAUCAAUGCGGGCCAGUGUUGUGUCGAGGUGUCGAACGUUGGUCCUCGUCGGCGCUUUCUCGAUUCGCUCGCCGAGAGAAGGAACUGAACCUACUACUUGAAAAAACAAAUAACACGUCGCGGACGAAUUUCUUCGUGCGCAGUUUCCCCGCGUUCUCCGCCUGUGAACCUGUUUAUUCAGUGUCUCUUCUUGUACCUUUCUUCGAAGUUGAUGAUCUCGGAGUGACACAGAAGACCGAAGUGGAAGAAUGUUGGAUCGCGACACCGCGAUACACCUCGUCGCCGGCGGAGUGGCUGGAACGACUGGCGCGAUAGUUACCUGCCCUUUGGAGGUGGUUAAAACCCGUUUGCAAUCCUCCUCAUCCGGAUUCUAUCCGCCCCCCGUAAACAAAGAGCUCACAUCCGGACACGUGACAUGCAAAAGUUUCCCGAAACCGGAACAAAGGAGAAGGCUGUGCACAGGAGGAUACACGAGGCACGCUCUGAUCGCCCUCUCUCAUUUUGGUGCGUCUUCUACUCCAGGAGGCACUCCCCACAGCCAUUCGGCGCCUAGUGUAUACCAAUGCAUCAGGUACAUUGUGCAGAAUGAGGGUACCAGGGCUCUGUUCAAAGGAUUGGGCCCUAAUCUCGUAGGGGUCGCGCCAUCCAGAGCGAUCUACUUCUGUGCCUACUCGAAGAGCAAAAUCGCGUUCAACACAAUCUUCGCACCAGACACCGCUCUCGUGCAUGUGUUCUCCGCAUUCUGCGCCGGUUUCGUGGCAUGCACGUUGACAAAUCCUAUUUGGUUCGUGAAGACCAGGCUGCAGCUGGACCAUCGAACAAACAAAAUCACCGCGAUGGAGUGUGUGCAAAGGAUAUACCGCCAAUCGGGUAUCCUGGGAUUCUACAAAGGCAUUAUUGCCUCCUACGUAGGAAUAAGCGAGACUGUGAUACAUUUUGUGAUCUACGAGGCAGUAAAAGCCAUGUUAGCGGCGUACAAGACCAGCGGGGCGGACGAUCGCAAAUCGUUGCGCGAUUUCUUAGAGUUCAUGGCGGCGGGUUCGUUCUCGAAAACGAUCGCCUCCACCAUCGCUUACCCCCAUGAGGUAGCGAGAACGAGACUUAGAGAAGAAGGUACCAAGUACCAGACCUUCUGGCAAACGUUGAAGGUCGUGCACGUCGAGGAGGGGCUACAAGGUCUGUAUCGUGGCCUCACCACUCAUCUGAUCAGACAAAUCCCAAACACGGCGAUCAUAAUGGCGACGUACGAGGCGGUGGUGUACUUGUUAAGCAGGCACUUUCACGAACGAUCGUUGAGUAGCCUGGCUAACAGCAGUGAGACCAAAUUCUACGCAGAGCCGAAGGGUAAACGGGAGUUGGCCUAGGACUUGCUCACGGCCCCUGAGUAAAGGGCCAACGACUCGUGUUCGAGUAACGAGUCUUCGAGGAAAGUUGCGUCUGUUUCGAAAAACAAGAAAGGGAGAAAAAAGAAAAGAUGGAGGAAGAGUGAACAACAACGCCGUCCAAGAGAGCGUCCAGACGCCGGGUGAGAAGCCAGUCGGACACGCGUUUUCAAGUUUGGGGUCACGACCAGGCCGUCGGCCAGGCCCGAUUGAAUACGUGGAAGGUAGCAAAAUAAGUGUCACAGCUGUGGGUUGCACGCUGCUGUGUACUCUGUAAGCGUAGCAAAAAGUAGUCCUUCCUCCUUUCAGGUAGCGUACGCAACGUACGCGUGGAACAGCCUAAUACUGUCUCUGUCUGUACCUUCGUCGACACAUUCACACAUACACACACGCGGGAGGCGAGGAUCACGAAGCUGGAUUAAACGAGUCGGUUGCAUAGGCUCAGAGUGCGCCAAGAGUGAGAUUGUACCACCUUCUCGUAACUAUUAAUCUGCUAACUGGCGUCCCUCACAGUGGAAACAUUAUUGCUUUCGACAAACAGUCAAUUUCGUUCUGUUGACAAGUGUAAAUAUAUUUUUAAAAGAUAGAAUUAGGAACUAGGGAAAUGAAUUGAUUUGAUUUACCUCUUGAAACAUGUAUCUCUUAAUCAUUGAACUAUGAGUCAAGAAUAUUGCUAACUUUGUCUUUUCCAGUUAACAGAUUAAUGGAAUCAUUGAAGUUAUGUUCGCUGGUAAUAACAGAGGUGCCAAGAAGACCCGUUUAGGGCGUCUGUAGUUUCUGGGAACCUUUGAAACGCGGGAGAAAUUAGAUUUUUAUUGCGUGGCUCUCAAGAACUCGCGACUAAUCUAAUUUUGUACUGAUUAAUGGUAGUAGUGUCAUCAGACGCGUAACGCAACCUAGAGAAGAAUGGCCUGUUUAAAAUAAGACACCUUGAAAUUCACGAUUCUCGUGUUUCAGUACGGUGGAAACAACUCAUUUCCAUCUAAUGCAGUAUUGCGGCCCCUUCAGAGUGAUGUGUACACUUGAUUUAAACCAAAAGUUACUGUUAAGCACGAUGUGAAAGGCAGAUUGCUCUUGAGGGAUUUGUCGUGUCCGUUUCUACUUCUACUUCGUUGUUAACUGUCGAUACAUUCUCUCCGUACGACGAUUAUCGAAAUAACGCGAUUAUUAUGUCUUGCGCUAUUCCUCCUAACGAAAAGAUAAACUAGAAAGCAAACAAUAAUUAUAAUUAUAUAUUUCCAAGACGAUAAAAAUAGACGAUUGUUACGUUUUUGCUUCUAUUCAUAUUAGAGUAGGAAGAUGUAUCAUUGUGAUUAUCAUUAUUACUGUCCUUAUUAUUGUCCGUCAUGACAGUUCAUUAUUUUGAGAUAGCUCCUCCGCAAAAUGCUCAAAUAAUGAUACGUUUUGUUAUCGAUUUUGUUAAAAUUAAAAAGUGUACAUAAAAAUUACAUAUCAGUUUCUCUUUUUUUGGUGCGUGUGCAAAAUUUAUGAAAUAAUGAAGAGAAAAACAUUUGUUGCGUCGAACAUUGUCAAAUAUUACCGACCGACAAUUUUGUAAAACCCUAAGUAACGUAGGAGUCGUGUAAAUAAAACAGUCAAUCAGAUUCUAUCUUACAUACGUUAGUAGAUUUGCAACUGUUUGUAAUUUUUUUGAGUGCAUCCAGUCGAGGAAAAUCUGAAAUGUUCUCUUUCUCUUGUAUGAUAUUAAGGGGGAGGAACAUUUGUAGUUGCUAUCUUGUUUUUUGAAUUGAUUAUGUCUAUAUACAGCAUACACUUAGAGAGAUAUUAUAUUGAAAUAUUAUAUUGUUGUUAAGAGUGAUAAUUAAUUCGUUGAAGAAGAGAUAAAAAAAAUGUUAAAGAUAAGCCAUAUAUAUAUAUAUAUAUAUACAUAUGUAUAUGUACAUAAGAGAGCAUUAACAAUGUUUUGUUACUGAACAAUAUUUUAAUGUUCGUAAAAUGUGAUUGUGUUUGCGAACCGAUACCGUUCGAUAGUAAAACCGAAAGUCUAACGUAGCUUUUUAGUUUUUUAUACUCUUCUUGUCUUGAUGUUACUUACGAACUAAGAUUCUAAUUUUGCGUCUCUUGGUUCGUACCGUUUUUUGUAAGACGAUAAUUCGAUGGCUCAGGUUUCUUGAGAACUAGUCUAAAACAUUUUUGAUAAGUCCUAUUUUUGUAUUCGCGUUGAAUCGAUGAGUCAGAGAUCCAGAGAUAUGCCGCAGGAUACUGAGUGAAUUUUCAUUUUUUGCUUCCGUUUGAUUUGUAACAAUCUCAAUGAUCAAUAGAGACGAAGAAGCUGUGAUUUAUUUAUUUAUUUAUUUUUUUUUUUAAAUUUACGCGUAUCGUCGGCUGAGUCUAAAUGUUUGAAAAAAAAAGCUUUCGCUCCGAAAUAUAUUUCGUUGAAUAAUCCCUUUGUUAUAUUCUACUCUUCAACAUCCGAAUCUUAAAGUACAAACAGGCAGAAAAAAUUCGAGCUCGUUGUAAGUCUUGUUAGGGAAGACUGAAUUAGAUUUUAUUGUACUUAGUAACGACUCCGGACGGAAUGUGAAUUGUGGAACGAGAAUGCCGAUAUACGAAUUGUUGAAAUGAUAUAUAUAUAUGUAUAUGUAUACAAAUACAUAUAUGAGAAUUCAUUAAUAAAGUCAACGAAUAAUA